GUGUGGGUGGAUGCUGGAACACAGAUAUUUUUCUCUUAUGCCAUCUGCUUGGGGUGCUUGACAGCCCUGGGAAGCUACAACAACUAUAACAACAACUGCUACAGAGACUGCAUCAUGCUCUGCUGCUUGAACAGUGGCACAAGCUUUGUUGCUGGUUUUGCUAUCUUUUCAGUUCUUGGAUUUAUGGCUUAUGAGCAAGGCGUGCCCAUUGCAGAAGUUGCAGAAUCAGGACCAGGACUUGCAUUCAUUGCUUACCCUAAAGCUGUUACCAUGAUGCCUCUUUCUCCUCUGUGGGCAGCUCUGUUCUUCAUGAUGCUCAUAUUCCUUGGAUUAGAUAGUCAGUUCGUGUGUGUUGAAAGCCUGGUGACAGCUGUUGUAGAUAUGUACCCAAAAAUCUUUCGAAGGGGCUACCGAAGAGAACUGUUGAUUCUUGGCCUUUCCAUUGUGUCCUACUUCAUCGGCCUAAUAAUGUUAACUGAGGGUGGGAUGUACGUCUUUCAGUUAUUUGACUCCUAUGCAGCUAGUGGCAUGUGCCUUCUCUUUGUUGCCAUAUUUGAAUGUGUCUGCAUAGGCUGGGUUUAUGGCAGCAAUCGCUUUUAUGAGAACAUUGAAGACAUGAUUGGGUACAAACCACUGUCACUGAUCAAAUGGUGCUGGAUGGUUUUAACUCCCGGGAUUUGCGCGGGAAUCUUCAUCUUUUUCCUGGUGAAAUACAAGCCUCUGAAAUACAACAAUGUCUAUAUAUACCCUGACUGGGGCUAUGGCAUAGGGUGGAUGAUGGCGCUCUCUUCCAUGAUCUGUAUCCCCCUGUGGAUCUGCAUUAAGCUGUGGAAGACAGAAGGCACUUUCAUAGAGAAAUUCAGAAAGCUGACUACACCCAGCUCAGAUCUGAAAAUGAGAGGGAAGCUUGGAGGAGGAGCCUACAUUGCAGCAAUAAAUGACUGCGAUGCCAAACUGAAAGGAGACGGCACCAUUUCAACCAUUACAGAAAAGGAGACACAUUUCUGAAAGAACUCUCUUUUUUUGUGUUAUUUUUUUUUGUAUAAAUAAAUGAAUAAAUAAAUUCACUUAAUUCUAGAGGCUGGCUUGUUUUGCACAGAAUUUUAUUAACCAGUUAAUUAUAAAGUGAAAAUUGUAUACUUGUUUAAAAGUGAUUUUUUAAAUGACUAUAUAAGUAAUGAUUAUGUAAAAGAAAAAGAAAUAGUUCUCUAUGGUAUGUUAGUGAUGACUUCUUGUAAUAUGGUGAUUGCAGUAAAUGUUUUUUGGCAGCUAGAGGGACUGUAUCAUGUGCUGUACAACUUUUUUACGUUGAUUUCUGACAGGUGUAAUAUUGUAUAGAUCUGUGCAUUCUAACCUGUGAGCAUUCCAGACCAUUUCAGCUGUUCAUGUAUGUAUAUAAAGUGGACA